AUGAAGGUGAAAUGGAGUCAGCUGGGUCUGGUGUUCUUCCUUGUGUUAUCUCUGGUGAUGACCGGAUGCUUCUUCUGGCAGUAUCAGCUGCCAAAACUUCCGCCAGAAGACGACGGUCGCAACGCCAAAGCAGAAAGGAUGUGUCCCCGUUUCCCCGAGCCGCUGCCUCUGGAGCAUCCCAUACCCAGCCUGAAAGAGGCCCUGGAAAAGGUGGACCUUUUGCUUCGGCAGACUGUCAACCCCAUCAGCCUCCCCUCUCUGUCGGCCAUAGUGAUUUUAAACGACACGGUCUUGUGGACUGGGAACUUUGGAAAAAGGAACUCCAGUGACCCGCUCUCUGGAGCCCCUAAUGAGUACACGAUUUACAGGAUUGCCAGCCUGUCCAAAAUCUUCCCAACGUUGAUGCUCUACAAACUCUGGGAGGAUGGAAAGAUCGGCUCCCUCGAUGACCCUCUGGAGAAAUACGUUGAAAACUUCACCAUCAAAAACCCUCUGGGGAAGACGAGGGACUCAGAGCUGAAGUACGUGACAGAUGGUCUGAUAUUUCUGGACAGCGGGGAGGUUCAGAUCCGCUCCUCGUCAGUCACCCUGCGAAGGAUGGCCAGCCAGCUCUCAGGUUUACCAAGGAGACUCCGAGCAACAAACCUCCUCUGGAAAGGAAAAACACAAACAGCAAUCAACCUGCUGCAGGAUGACGUCCUCGUGGCUGACCCCGGCACAAAAUGUCACUACAGUAACCUGGCCUUCUCUCUGCUGGCUCAUGUGAUGGCCGAGCGGGUCGCCUCUGUUGGCUACCAGCGGUGGAUCACAGACAAUAUCCUGGACCGGUUGGGUAUGGAGGACACCAGCUUUGACAUCACACCGGGGCUGCAGACUCAGAUGGCCGUGGGAGUUUACUCCAACGGGAAACCAGCCCCACUCUACGACCUGGGCUGGUACCGGCCUUCGGGUCAGAUGUACUCCACGACGGCUGACCUCGCCAAGCUCGCCAUGAUGCUUCUGGGCGCCUACCAUCGCAAAAUGCUGGAGCCGGACUCACUGAAGAUUAUGCUUACGCCAGUCUUCAAGUGCGAUAAGGACUACUUUGCCAACCGUACCGGGACACCAUGGGAGGUGAAUGAGCUGUUAGGAUACGAAAUGGUGCGUAAAGAUGGCGAUCUUGAUGGCUACUCUGCUACCCUUUCCCUCGUGCCGAGACUGAAGCUUGGUCUGGUGGUGCUUAUGGCUGGCAGCCGGUCCCAGAACCAGGAUGUGGUCACCAAAGCCUACAACUACAUCAUCCCAGCUAUCGAGAAAGCAUUCAGGGAAGCUAAAAAGAUUAUCUUUCCUCCACCAAAUCCUGAAGCAUAUGUCGGCUUUUACACCUACAGCAACAUCACUUUCUACGAGAUCAAAGCGGGGGCGGAUGGAGUUCUGAUCAUGCAGCAGUUUGGACCUCAAAUUGAAGAGCUGAUCCCUGAGAGGUUCAGGACAAUAAAACUGAACUACCUGGUCGACCGGGUGUUCAGAGUCGUUUUUGAAAAGGAGUACCCGUGUGUUUUGAGAGUUGGCACAGCCUCGGUGUCUCUGGAAGCUCAAGAUGGACAAUUAUUUAACUUCUACACAUUUAAUAAGCGAGGUUUGUCCCCUGGUUUUGACGCACCUGGACUGAACACAUACAAUGUUGUCAGGAUAGCCCGCAAGCCGACCUUCUCGAGCUGAUCUGCAACAGUGCAGAGUCUAAAGACAAAUGGAGUCUCCUUGAGUUAGAAGAAGAACUGUAAACAAAAGUGAGGCUGUGGAUCUUGGAGAACUAAAUGGAAAAGUUGGAGUCACUUUCGCUGUCAAUGAUUGAUUUACAGAGAAGAACAAGGAUAUGAGUAAUGUCUCGCACUGGAAAUGGAUUCAUGUCUGUGUUGAAAUUGACCGUCCUCCUCAUGCCGCUCCUUCAUCAUGCCUCCCGACUGAUGACACACAUUACAGUGAUGCAGUGCUUGUGUUUUCCCCAAACCACUCUCACGUUGUAUUGGUCUCCUCCGUCUUUCAGUUUUCACGAGGGAAAACAGCUGAACCUCGGCUUCAAACAAACUCAUGUUUUGGUCUUUCACAUGAAUAUUUACAUUCUUUUUAUUUUCAAUUCUUGGACCACUAAUGGCUUUCUGAGAGAGCUUGUCGCUUCAUACAUAUUUAUCAUCCUCCUAUUGAAAGAAAAGAUUGAUUCAGUGUUUGUGUUACUGUAAACAAUGGUAAUGGCAGGUAAGACCGCAACAUUUCCACGCUCAACAUGAUUAUGCAUCACCUUCUCUUCAACACAAAUGUUUACACCGGGCUGCUUUUAAAUGUUACAAUGCUGAAUCUAAGGUACUAAAUAUGUUGGCCUCAUGUAAGCAGCGAUUAACGACGGGGAGGCUUUCUGUUGCCUCUGUGACUCUUUGCAGGGUAAUCCCUAAAAAUGGACUCCAAAUACUCCGACCUCUCACACCAUCGUGCUAAAGCGAUGCCCCGACUGCUGCAGGAAACGACAUUCAAGUGCAGGAAAAUAACCCCCAUAAGGCAGGGAUUAGCCUUUAUAUUAGAUUCUCUGUCUAAGGGUGUGAUUGAAAUGGAAAUGGCCUUGUCUUGAAGCAUCAAGUGCGUCAAGAGGAGGAAAUGUGAAUGCAAUGCAGCUGAAAAACAAUCUAUCUGCCUCAUCCUGCUAUUUAUAUAAUAUUGAGACUGCCAUUCAACCUUGCAAUUCAUUCUUGUUACAGCCAGACAUACAUGCUCAUCCAGAUAGAUGAUGGGGAGAUAGAAUCAUCUGGCUCAUGCAGCAGUGUAAGCUAAACCGAGAAAAAAAUGGAAAUUAUAUUUUGUGUUAAUUAUGUGCUGUUGUUGUUAAAGCUCGUUAAUUAAAUGUCUGCAGGGAUUCGUUCAGUCUUCAGAAAAAACAAAAGCAAUCAGGAAUGCACAACUCUUCAGCGUUAUUACACUCAUUAAGGUACAAAAGCAGGCAUUAACAUUAUAAUACUGCUUUUUAUGAAUAGCUUCCACAUUUAUUUGUGUUGCUUUUCAAAUAGACACAAACAUUAUCGCCGUUUUUUUUUUUCAUCUUUUUAAAAAGAGUUUGUAAUCGAUCAAUCAAUUCAUGAACGGGAUGAUUGCUGGCGGUGCAACAAGAGACAAAACAAGAUCCAGAAAAGCUCACAGUACAGUAUUACAUUCUUUUUUCAACAAGUUUCACCAAACACAGAGAAACAUUGCACCUGUUUGUACAGCUCAGCAUAACAUGACUCUUUAAAAAUGUAAUCCAGUACAACAACUCUUGAAUCACACUCGAUUGUCCCACUUUCUUUCGAAGGCAUUCAGCAGUUACAGAGUAAGACAGCAGGUGGAAUAUGCAGGCACUGUUCAGCGAUAUCAUUUAUAGUAACAAAGAAAACGGAGUAAAUCAAGUUCAAGUACAAGCGCUUCAAUGACACGUCUUAAGUUUGAAGGAAUUUAACAUUUUCAGAAGAAGGACAAGAUCACUUCCUCGGCAAGGAUCAGAUGAGAGGAUUGGAGCAACUUCAAAGUCUGGUGUGAUAGAUUUUGUUUACACUCUGGCUUCUGUAAGGAUGGAGCAAAUGUGAAAUAAAAGAGCCUCCUUGAUCAUUCACACA